AUGGUUCAUCCACAAAGUCCAAUACCCAACGUGGAUAGCCAACAUUGUCCCGUUAGAAAAAAGAAUGGGCAACUUCGUGUCUGCAUGGACUUUCGUGUUCUAAACAGCACAUACCCGAAAGACGAUUUCCCAUUACCCAUCACAGAGAUCAUGGUUGAUGUGACAACAGGACAUGAGACCUUAUCCUUCAUGGACGGAUCAUCUGGAUAUAACCAGAUACGAAUGGCCCUUGCAAAUGAGAAAAUGACGGCAUUUCGAACCCCAAAAGGGUAUAUUGCUACAAGGCCAAUCAUCUCAGGACGUUUGGCCAAGUGGGCAAUCAUGCUUCAGCAAUAUGACAUCAUUUACGUGCCACAAAAGGCGAUUAAAGGGCAAGUAUUGGCCGACUUCUUAGCAGAUCACUUGAUUCCAUUAGAUUGGAAGUUAAGUGAAGAUUUGCCUGACGUGAAAUUCUCUUCACAGAAAUCACGGGGAUGGGCUAAGGCUAUCGCUUUAAGGGAGGCUAAGAAAGAAAAUGUGGUGGACUUUAUCCGUACUCACAUCAUCUAUCAGUACGGUAUCCCCCAUCGAAUCGUGACAGAUAAUGGGAGACAAUUUUCCAAUACCUUGAUGGACAGAUUGUGUGAGAAAUUCAAAUUCAAGCAGUACAAGUCAUCCAGGUAUAACAAUGCCGCAAAUGGGUUGGCAGAGGCAUUCAAAAAGAUAUUGUGCAACCUGUUGAAGAAAAUUAUCUCCAAGUCGAAAAGAGAUUGGCAAGAAAAGAUUGGUGAAGCAUUGUGGGCUUGUCACACCAUUCAUCGUACCCCUACAAGAAUCACUCCGUAG